AUGCCAGGGGGGCGUAGGGGCCUAGUAGCCCCCCAAAACACGUUCCUGGAGAAUAUCAUACGACGCAGUAGCAGUCAACCUGACAGCAGUUUUCUAUUAGCAAACGCCCAAAUCGUCGACUUCCCGAUCGUCUAUUGCAACGAAAGCUUCGUCAAGAUCUCCGGCUACAAUCGUGCAGAGGUUAUGCAAAAGUCAUGUCGUUGUGGAUUCAUGUAUGGGGAACUAACAGACAAGGAAACGAUUGCCAGAAUCGAAGAAUGCCUCGAGGGUCAGAUUCACGAUCAAUUUGAGAUCUUGCUGUACAAGAAGACCAAGACACCGUUAUGGCUGCUGUUGCAAAUAGCGCCCAUCAAAAACGAACGAGACCUUGUGGUCUUGUUCUUGCUGACUUUUCGAGACAUUACCGCCUUGAAACAACCCAUCGAAACGGACGACAGCAAAGGCGGUCUCUCCAAGUUCGCCAAGCUCGCAAGAUCAGUCACCAGAUCAAGAUCGGUUCUAGUUUCUCAGUUCAGUUCCCAUCUGCCGGCUUUGAAAGAUACAGCUAUACCGACUACGACCAAACAAUCGCAUCUAGGUCAUAUGAUGUCCCUAAGCGGCGAUGUUAUGCCACAAUACAGACAAGAAGCACCAAAAACCCCGCCACACAUUUUAUUACAUUAUUGUGCAUUUAAGGCAAUUUGGGACUGGAUCAUUUUGUGUUUGACUUUUUACACAGCCAUCAUGGUGCCGUAUAACGUCGCGUUUAAAAAUAAGACUAGCGAAGAUGUCUCCCUAUUAGUUGUAGACAGUAUCGUCGAUGUGAUAUUCUUCAUCGACAUUGUGCUAAAUUUUCAUACAACAUUUGUUGGCGCUGGUGGAGAAGUGGUAUCUGAUCCGAAGGUAAUCAGGAUGAAUUAUCUAAAAUCUUGGUUCAUCAUAGAUCUACUAAGCUGUCUACCGUACGAUGUAUUUAACGCCUUCGACCAUGAUGAGGAUGGAAUAGGUAGCCUGUUUUCGGCUCUGAAAGUGGUACGGCUGCUGCGACUCGGUAGAGUUGUACGCAAGUUAGAUCGUUAUCUGGAGUACGGUGCCGCGAUGCUCAUUCUUCUACUCUGUUUCUACAUGUUGGUUGCUCACUGGCUGGCCUGUAUCUGGUAUUCGAUAGGGAGAUCGGAUGCUGACAAUGGGGUACAAUACUCGUGGUUGUGGAAAUUGGCUAACGUUACCCAGUCACCGUAUAGCUAUUUGUGGACCAAUGCCAGCACCGCACCCGAACUAGUAGCUGGCCCGUCACGCCGUACGAUGUAUGUUACUGCUCUUUACUUCACAAUGACCUGUAUGACCUCUGUGGGCUUUGGAAACGUUGCAGCCGAAACCGACAAUGAGAAGAUUUUCACCAUCUGUAUGAUGAUCAUAGCUGCCUUAUUGUAUGCUACGAUCUUCGGUCAUGUCACUACAAUCAUCCAACAAAUGACGUCCGCUACCGCCAAGUAUCACGAUAUGUUGAACAACGUGAGAGAAUUUAUGAAGUUACAUGAAGUACCGAAAGCUCUUAGUGAGCGCGUCAUGGAUUACGUCGUCAGCACGUGGGCGAUGACCAAAGGUUUGGAUACGGACAAAGUUCUCAACUACUGCCCUAAAGACAUGAAAGCAGACAUUUGCGUGCAUCUUAAUCGGAAAGUCUUUAACGAACAUCCCGCCUUCAGAUUAGCGUCCGACGGUUGUCUGCGUGCCUUGGCGAUGCAUUUCACGAUGUCACACAGCGCACCCGGCGAUCUGCUCUAUCAUACAGGAGAAUCUAUCGAUUCUCUGUGCUUCAUCGUGACCGGCAGCCUCGAAGUCAUACAGGAUGACGAAGUAGUGGCAAUAUUGGGGAAAGGUGACGUUUUCGGCGACAGCUUUUGGACGAAUCCAACGAUCGGCCAGAGUGCAGCGAACGUUAGGGCGCUUACUUAUUGCGAUUUGCAUACAAUCAAGCGAGAUCGGCUUCUGGAAGUGUUGGAUUUUUAUCAAGCUUUCGCAAACUCCUUUGCCAGAAACCUGAUUCUAACUUACAACUUGAGUCAUCGGCUCAUCUUUCGAAAAGUUGCCGAUGUCCGUCGAGAAAAGGAGUUGGCCGAAAGGAGAAAAAAUGAACCGCAAUUGGAUCAAGCUCAGGAUCAUCUGGUUCGCAAGAUCUUCUCGAGAUUCCGCCGCGAAAGACAACACACUGCCGAUGUAGAAAAAGGCGACGGUAAAGAUGUCAAGGAUGGCGAAACAUCGCAAGCUAAGAAGUUAUCUACUACCGAAGAAGGUGGAACAACUGUCGCGAAAACGCGACCUGGCAAAUGGGGGCGUUUAUUAGGUAGUUCAAGUUUGGACACUGGUAGCGAAUCGGGUACGGCUGCCGAUGCAUUUAAGCGAUCUCUUAGCGCAAGAGACUCACGCCCGAGUUCCAGCGCCGGCACCAACAAAGUCUUCCCAAAGCUAGGCAAAUUGGGAGAGCGCACAAUCGAAGAGAGCGGUGAUAAUGUCGAAAAUCAGAAAGUUGCUCAGCAACAGCAGGUACCGCAACAACAAACUCUUAGCGUGGACUCAAAGCAGUUGCAGCUGCGACGUCUAGAGAGCUACGAUGGUGGUCUGAUUACUCAGCAACCAAGUCACGAGAGGGAGAUUCUUGCGGCAGUAUUGGAAGUGAAAGUCGAUUUAAAAUUAGAAGUACAAAGGGUAAAUCAGCGGCUAGCCAAAAUUGAAGACAUGCUACAGGCACUGACGAACAAAUUGCCGGCCGCCGGAACAUCAUCGUCAAGUGGUACUAAUGGCAGUUCGCAGCAACAGAAGAUUCCGAGCUUUACUCUGAGCGGUGUUCAGAGUCAGUCACCCGUCACCCCGAGCGCAAUAACAUUAGUUCAGUCCGCGACUCAGACUACCGAGUAUAGACCAUCGAUUGCUACUACAUCGACAUCCACGACACCGAGCGAAGGAUAUCGGGAACAGUCGACGGCGACAGAGCGAAUAUCAAAGAGCAGUCAGGAGCACCACCAUCAUCAUCAUCAUCACCAUCAAUCAUCGUCAUCGCGGGAUGUCAGUAAGGAGCUGUUAGAGCGACUUGCGCAGGCUUCCACGUCGCGCGGUGACGAUUCGAAUGCCCUGGGACCGCUUAUCCUGCGAAAGCGACGCAGCAAAUCGCGCAACAAAGGUGCGGCACCGCUCGCUCCUCUUGCCACGCAGCCAAUGAGUCCAUCAGAGGCCACGGAAACCACGCAGAUGCUCGAGUGUACCGAUGAUCGGGAUUCAAGCAGUGGACCGACUGACAGGACUGUCACAGACAGACCCGCCGAAAGACCCGACCGUAAAAGACCACCGCCCAGACCGAGGGAGUAUUUGUGA